GGGAUGGACAGAGCUGUGUGAGCAACCUGGAAGGGAAUAGCUAGCCCGCCUCGACCCAGACCACCACCCCCACUCCCAUUCCUUCUCCGUCCCUAUAUAACAGCUGUCGUACCUGCACUGCAGCUCCUCGUUCUCAUUCCCUCAGUAGCCCCAAGUACCUUUCUCUUGUCAUUAUCUCUCGGUGUGCAGGCGGUUCGCCUCUUGUGUUCCCGACCCCUGAGGUCUCCCCCUUUCGUCUUAUACCCUUCACCACCCCCCCGCGGCCCGGUGAGCACAGGGAUCAGAGGACCCUGAGUUCGGCUGCGGCCCAAGGAGUCUGGUAUAGCCAGCACUCUCAUCCUAUAAACACUCUUAGUUUCAUACGAGACACGACGGCGCCACCGCGCCGCGCCCGCUAGCAGCCAUGAGGGACAGCAUGAUCCUCCUCCUGUACCUGGCGGUGCCGAGCCUUCUGUUCUCGGUGCUCAAGCAGAUACUCAGCUGGAACAAGAAGAAGGGCAAGGAAGGCGAGGCCAAGUUCCCGGGCCCCAAGCAGUUCCCCAUCGUGGGGCGGAUACACGACCUCCCGCGGUUCCAGCUCUGGCUCAAGUUCAAGGAGUGGGCCGACAUCCACGGCCCCAUCUACCAGACCCGCGCCGUCGACACCACCUUCGUCGUUGUCUCGGAUGAGAAGAUCGCCGAGGAGCUGCUCGUCAAGCGCGGCCACAUCUACUCGGGCCGCCCGCAGAUCCGCUCGCUCAUUGGACACAAGGAGGGCAUUGGCUAUGUUGCUCUGAUGGACAGGCAUGACCACUGGCAGCGCCAGCGCAAAUGGGUCCACGCCGCCAUGGCCGAGGCCUACCGCAACCACUUCUACGGGCACGUCGAGGCCGAGACCACCAAGUACCUGGCCAUGCUGCUGGCGGACCCGUCCCGGUUCUACUGCUACACGCGCGAGCACUGCGGCCGCAUCAUGAGCCGGCUGGCCUGGGACCAGGCGCAGCAGGGCGCCAAGAACGGCAUGUCGGCCGACACGACGCUGCACUGCAUGUCGGUGUCGGGCCCCAUCACCAACACGGUCGCGCCGCUCUGGUUCCUGCCCUGGAAGGUCAACCCCUGGAAGCAGUACGAGGUCAAGCGCGAGGCCGAGCAGCGCGCCUGGUGGCUCGACAACUACGACAUCUCCAAGCGGCGCUUCCUGGCCGGCGAGCUGCCCAAGGACACGUGGGCGUACCGCUACAUGGAGCAGGUCCGGGCCGGCGGCAACGAGACGCUGACGCAGGACCGCGACGAGGAGUUGUUCGCGAGCUGCAUGAUUGGCUUCUUCAACCUCGUCGGCGUCGUCACCAUCUCGGGCCCCACAAAGUUCUUCCUCAUGGCCAUGGCCCUGUUCCCCGAGUGGCAGAAGAAGGCGCAGGAAGAGAUCGACCGCGUCUGCGGCGACGAGAUGCCCACGCUGGCCAACUUUGCCGACCUGCCUACCGUCCGCGCCAUCCUCAAGGAAACCGUCCGGUGGAGGUCUGGUGUGCCUCUGGGUGUGCCUCACCAAGCCGAGAAGGAUGACGUCUACCGCGGAGUGACCAUCAAGAAGGGCACCAUUGUCCUGGCAUGCGAAUGGAGCAUCAACCGCGUCCCGGAGCGCUACCCGGACCCGGAGAACUUCCGGCCGGAGCGCUACCUCGAGGCCGGGUGGCCGACGUUCCAGGAGCCGCUGACAAAGUACCCCAACUUCCGCGACGGCGUCGGCAUGCACUCGUUCGGCUGGGGCCGGCGCACGUGCCUGGGGCAGAACAUUGUCGACGACGAGAUGUUCGUGACGGCCGCGGCCGUGCUCUGGGGCUUCAACAUGGCGCAAAAGGUGGACCAGCGCACGGGCGAGAUCAUCCCCAUCGACACCCAGGCCACCAACAGCCACGUCAUCCUGGAGCCGGACCCGUGGCAGAUGACCUUUGCGCCCCGGAGCGAGGCGCGCGCGGCCAAGAUCAUGCACAACUACGAGCAGGUGCGGCCGACGCUCAAGGUCGAGGAUUAAAGCCCGGGGUUUGUCGUUGGGUACAGCUUUAUAGAUGCCGCGAGGCUGGGACUGGGACUGGGACUGUUGCGGGUAACCCAAACAGUGCUUUUCAGCACCAGGUCUCGUUUUUUUGUUAUCUGUGAUUUGGUCACUCCUUUUUUGCUAUAAAGCGACGGCAGUUGGGUAUCGGGAUUCCCUAGGAAAGGGUAGACGAAGCGAUCUGGGGGUUUCUUCUCCAUUGAAGGAGAGAAGCCAUUCAAUAUGUUUAUUAAAGCGUGAACGGAGUUUGUUUGAGCUAUUAAAGACGAUACCUUAUGAUCUUGCACUACAGCAUCGGGCG